AUGACAAUGAUGGACUUCCUAGCCGUGCAGGUGUUUGGAAUGAUGGUCACAUUGCUAUGUCUCAGCAUAAUGCUACGCAUCCGCCAUGGAAUGGGAUAUCGUGACUCGGUCCUUGUCCCGGAGCUGGUGCCGCUCUUGGCUGCUCCUGGCCCAGGCCUCCAGUUCUCACAUGACAAUGCCACACCACACAACACUAUUUUGACACGAAAUUCCUUGCAAAAUGCGGAUAUCGACGUCAUGGAGAUCGUAGUGGCCAUCGAGAUAACAGAUCGCCACCUUGACAACCUGGAUUCCUUUGUGAUGCCUCCUCGCAUGGGAAGCAUUGCCUAUACGGUUGAUGUUGUGCGAUUUCAUUGGAAGAAAGAUGAACCAAUCAUAUUUAGUCCUUCGAUUCACCUCAGCAGAUUUACGUUUAACCACACCCCGGAAGCAACUCGAUGUCAACUGAAUUUUACUGGCAUUGGGGAGUUCACAUGUCUACAGACAAGCAUUCAGCUACACAGGGAGUUCGGGUACUACUUACUACAGAUAUACCUGCCCUCCAUGAUGAUCGUUUUUGUCUCCUGGUUCUCCUUUUAUCUCCCCAUCGACGCAGUUCCCGCGAGAGUUUCCGUGGGUCUGAUCACCGUGCUCACCUUGACGACGGAGAGCUCCAAGGCACGUGCAACACUGCCGCACGACCCCGAUGUGAAUAAAAAAACGACCUCUAGCAUCUUUGCCCGGUUCAACGACAAACGAAUCGAUGUGGUGUGUAGAUUCGUCUUUCCCGUCGCCUAUCUGACGAUGCAAAUAGCCUACUGGCUCUACUACAUACAACACUGA